AUGGAACAUCUUCCUGUGCAUCUACCAGAUGAAGCUGCUUUAGGUGGUCCUGUCCAAUAUAGAUGGAUGUAUGUCUUUGAAAGGUACAUGUAUCAUCUGAAAAAAAUGGUAAAAAACAAGGCAAAUAUUGCAGGGUCCAUUGUUGCACAAUGUUUGAAUGAGGAGAUAUCAACUGCAUCUGCAACUUACUUUGGGAAAGUUCGAUUUACUUAUACUUAUGAAGAUGUACCAAAUUUGUUUUAUCAUGAAGGUCGGGUCAGUGGAAAAGCCACCACGAGAUGGCUAACAGAUGUUGACUUCACCGUCUUGCAAACAUUUAUGUUGCUCAAUUGCGAUGUGUUUGAACCUUAUGAAAGGAUGUUUGAUGAGUUCGUGAUGGAAGCAAACCCAAAUAUUACUAGUAAUGAUCUACAGAGAGCGAAAGAUCAACAUCUUGCAAAAUGGGUGAAAGACUUCAUUACAAAUGCCAGUGAAACAUAUAAGUUCCCUUUAUGGAUGUUGGAUUUCAUUCAAGGACCGUAUCAUAAUUACACAUCGUGGCCAAUAUAUUUCUCGCGAGGAUAUUGCUUCCACACACAUAGCCAUGGCCAAGAUAAAAAUACCCAACAUUAUGGUGUGUAUGUCCGUGGAACCACCGAGACCGAGUAUUAUGGGCUGAUAGAAGAAAUCAUGAUGAUCGAGUACGGUGGUGCUGUUGGCUUGAAAGCCAUGAUUUUCAAAUGCAAGUGGUUUGAUACAGUAGUGGGUCGUGGAAUGCGUAAGCAUAAGUCGGGGAUCGUUGAUGUGUCCCCCCGUGGCCAAUAUGAGAAAUAUGAUCAUUUUAUAGUUUAG